CAGGUUAAAUGGCAGCUGAACUGGUCAAUGUGAAUGAGUUUCAAGAACUGGCAAGGCAAGCCCUUCCCAAGAUGUACUAUGAUUUCUACAGUGGGGGAGCUGAGGACCAGCACACACUGAGGGAAAAUGUGGAAGCAUUUCAUAGAAUCAUCAUUCGACCAAGAAUUCUUGUAGAUGUUAGGAGAAUAGAUAUGUCAACUACAAUAUUGGGGUACCAUACUUCAGCACCCAUCAUGAUUGCUCCAACUGCAAUGCAUAAGUUGGCGCACCCUGAAGGGGAGGUCGCAACAGCCAGAGCAGCAGCUGCUUGUAACACCAUAAUGGCAUUGUCCUUUACGUCUACCUGCACCGUGGAGGAGGUUGCUUCCAGCUGCAAUGCUAUUCGCUUCUUUCAGUUAUAUGUGUACAAAAGACGUGAUAUAUCAGCUCUGAUGGUACAAAGAGCUGAAAAGAAUGGGUUCAAGGCUAUUAUUCUUACUGUUGAUACUCCUAGACUAGGUCGAAGGGAAGCAGACAUCAAGAACAAAAUGAUUGUACCCCAGCUGAAGAAUUUGGAAGGUCUCUUGUUAGCUGAAGUUGUCAGUGAGAAGGGUUCCAAUCUUGAAGCUUUUGCAUCGCAGACUCAAGAUGCUUCCUUGUGUUGGAAGGAUAUAGCAUGGUUAAAAUCCAUUACAAACUUGCCGAUUUUGAUCAAGGGAGUACUCACUCGUGAGGAUGCUAUAAAGUCUCUGGAAGUAGGAGUUGCAGGAAUUGUUGUCUCUAAUCAUGGAGCUCGCCAGCUAGAUUAUGUUCCAGCCAGUAUUACUGCUCUAGAAGAGGUGGUUCUUGCUGUUCAAGGGAAAAUCCCCAUUCUCUUUGAUGGAGGAGUGAGGCGGGGAACAGAUAUCUUCAAGGCCUUGGCUCUUGGCGCACAAGCCAUUCUGAUAGGACGACCCAUUAUCUAUGGGUUGGCAGCAAAGGGAGAAUAUGGAGUCAGGCGAGUCAUUGAAAUGCUGAAGGAUGAGCUUGAGCUCACCAUGGCCCUUUCUGGUUGCUGUACUCUCAAGGAUAUAAGCAGAAGCCAUGUGAGGACAGAGCACGAGAGACGUCAAUGUAGGCUCUAGUGACAUUGUGAAGGGCUAAACCUUGCUUUGCAGAUGGAUGCUUCAGAUCAACCACCAUAAAGAAAUAAUUUGUUCAAGUUUUCCCAUGCAUUACUGUUUCGGAUGUGCAGAGAUGUGUGUGCACACUCAGUUAAGAUAUGGUGGCAGCUGUACAAUGUUUCUGUUACCCUGUUGAGACUUGAUAAGUGCAUUUAUAUGUACGAGGGUGGAAAGAAUUGGAUGUGGGUAACCCCCUCCCUCCUUUUAUCUCCAAUUUCAAGUCUGUUACUUUUACAAUGAUCACUGUUGUCUAAAACUAUGAAUGAAUAAGAGCUGCAUUUGACGCACUAAAAGAUUCC